AGGGGCGGGGGAGCAGCCACCACCUCUGCGGCCGCCUCCACCACCGCUGCUUUCGCUGGAGGGCGGGCGGAUGUACGGGGCGGCGGGGCCCCCGGCGCGAAGCGCCUCGGCGCCUGUGGUCCGCUCGUUGCGGCGGCCGCCACCACCGGCGACGGGGGUGUCUUUUAUGAAUAAUCAAAAGCAGCAAAAGCCAACGCUAUCAGGCCAGCGUUUUAAAACCAGAAAAAGAGAUGAAAAAGAGAGGUUUGACCCUACUCAGUUUCAAGACUGUAUUAUUCAAGGCUUAACUGAAACUGGUACUGAUUUGGAAGCAGUAGCAAAGUUUCUUGAUGCUUCUGGAGCAAAACUUGAUUACCGCCGAUAUGCAGAAACACUCUUUGACAUUCUGGUGGCUGGCGGAAUGCUGGCCCCAGGUGGUACACUGGCAGAUGACAUGAUGCGUACAGAUGUCUGUGUGUUCGCAGCACAAGAAGACCUAGAAACCAUGCAAGCAUUUGCUCAGGUUUUUAACAAGUUAAUCAGGCGCUACAAAUACCUGGAGAAAGGUUUUGAAGAUGAGGUAAAAAAGCUGCUGCUGUUCUUAAAGGGUUUUUCAGAGUCGGAGAGGAACAAGCUGGCUAUGUUGACUGGUGUUCUUCUGGCUAAUGGAACACUUAAUGCAUCCAUUCUUAAUAGCCUUUAUAAUGAGAAUUUGGUUAAAGAAGGGGUUUCAGCAGCUUUUGCUGUAAAGCUCUUUAAAUCAUGGAUAAAUGAAAAAGACAUCAAUGCAGUAGCUGCAAGUCUUCGGAAAGUCAGCAUGGAUAACAGACUGAUGGAACUUUUUCCUGCCAAUAAACAAAGUGUUGAACACUUCACGAAGUAUUUUACUGAGGCAGGCUUGAAAGAACUUUCAGAAUAUGUUCGGAAUCAACAAACCAUAGGAGCUCGAAAGGAACUCCAGAAAGAACUUCAAGAACAGAUGUCCCGUGGUGAUCCAUUUAAGGAUAUAAUUUUGUAUGUCAAGGAGGAGAUGAAAAAAAACAACAUCCCAGAACCCGUUGUCAUUGGAAUAGUCUGGUCCAGCGUAAUGAGCACUGUGGAAUGGAACAAAAAGGAGGAGCUUGUAGCGGAGCAAGCCAUCAAGCACUUGAAGCAAUACAGCCCUCUACUUGCUGCCUUUACUACUCAAGGUCAGUCUGAGCUGACUCUGUUACUGAAGAUUCAGGAGUAUUGCUAUGACAACAUUCAUUUCAUGAAAGCCUUCCAGAAAAUAGUGGUGCUUUUUUAUAAAGCUGAAGUCCUGAGUGAAGAGCCCAUUCUGAAGUGGUAUAAAGAUGCUCAUGUUGCAAAGGGGAAAAGUGUCUUCCUUGAGCAAAUGAAAAAGUUUGUAGAGUGGCUCAAAAAUGCCGAAGAAGAAUCUGAGUCUGAAGCUGAAGAAGUUAGGAGUAACGGACCCCGGCAUGGCAAACAGUUGAAGAGCGGAGAAAACUGGAUAGCUGAUACUACAGAUAGUUGUUGGACCACCUCCAGUCCAGCCAUCCAAACCAGUAAUUCCAUUGCUGCAUUAUUUGUGUUAACUGUGAAAUUGGCUUCUUGUCUGUACCCUUGAAGUUGAAUAAAAUUUCAUGAGAUUCUUUGUUAACUUAGAGAAGCAAUGACUAUUGUUGCAUUGGUUGUUGUAUGCUAAUAACCUAUAAGCACUGGAGUUGCUUCUGGCUCCAGUCCUUGUCCUAGUCCUUCCAGUUUUCCCCCUGGCGUUUUGAAUACCAUUGAAAGGCCUAUUCCUCUUUUUUUUGUCUGGACCACUUUGGCUGUUGUUUGGCUCACAUGUACUUCAAACUUCUCCAAAUGCUCAAAAACUGCAAUCAUUUCUCUUCAUGAAAUACUAGUGCCAUCUACCCUCCCUGGAAAGUUUCAGCUCCCCUCCCUUCAGCCCUCACAUCUGAUGGGUCAAGUUCUGUCCAUUUCAACUCCAACUCUAAUUCAUCUCACCAGUGUCUAUUAACAGCCGGAGUAGUCUUUAAUUCAAGUAAAACUACUUAAGAACUUUCUGCUGGAGGGACCUGUGUGAUUGAUUUUGUAGCUAAAUCUUCCUUUUUCACUUAUUCACCGCCCCCCCUCAGUGCCCAGCAUCCGAUAGUACUUGUCAAGUAGUAAGCAUUAAAUACUACGUAAGUGAAGAAAUGAGAACAGGAUGACCGUGCUUCUUGGAUCUAGUCAGAAUACUGAAGUUGAGGAUGUGAAAAACUAGAAUGGAUGUUUGCAUGUACAAUGAAAGUUGUUCUGUGAUUUUGGAAUAUUUAUUUAGAAGCAACUUUGGCAAGGUGGAAUCCAAGAUACUUCUGUACUAUGGCAAGGAUUGCUGUGACUGAUGUGACCUGGCUGGACUAAGAACCUGUCAACAAUUAGUAAAUGUGUGUUGUCAGGUGCUCUGCUGAGCUUUAGCACUGUGGUAACAAACAGGACUAGAUGCCAAAAUUCAGGCCUACAGGAGGGAGCUAAUCACAAGUGAGGUGAGAGCAAAACCAAAGGCAUGGUAGGUACUGGCAGGUUGGAGCGUCUGGUUUCAGGGCUUACAUAGUCUGUAAACCCUUAAAACAACCAUGAGAGACAAAUCACACUCAAAACAUGGUUUGCAAGUCCCUAACAUUGAACAAAUAGACCAUGCAUGUGAAACAGUUGGAGAAAAAUACCCCUCUAUUAGCUGUGUGGCUGGGCAAAUAAUUCAACCCUGAGCCUUGUUUUCUACAUCUGUAAAUAAGAAUUAUGACUGAUGCCUAUCUUGUGGAGUGAUUGAGAAGUUUACAAUAAUCUACUUAAACGAAGGUACUUAAACAGUACUCAUCAGAAGAAUCUCUCCAUGAACUGUGGCUGUUGUCAAGGAUGUGUUCGUGGGGGAACUAAAUGCCACUGACACUGCUAAAGCCCUGAAUACAGGUUUCCUGUUUGAUUUGAACCAGUAGAAGGUAAUGAAAGUCCCCAAAACCAUUGACAUGAUAUUUUUACUUUAGCAACUGUAGAAAGAGACACAAGAUUAACUGAAAUCGUCAUGACCUGGUAGUAACAAUGGAAGUCAUGUUUUGUGUGCAUGUGGUCAAGUGUCUUUCCCAAACUCCAUUCUAAAAAUAUAAAAGUUAUAAGUCCACAAAGGUUAAUGGCAUAUGAUAAGUAUCUUUUGUUGAGAGAAGGAAAGCAGAUAGGUGACCAAUUGGCGGGGUUUUAGCUUUGUCUGUUCUGCUAAGCCCCUGCGGUGCAGCAGAGAGCUAACCAUAACUUAAUUCAAUACCGCAGGUCUAAGGGAAGACUCAGAAGUUGGGGCACUGGUUUCUUUUAAGGGUGGGAGUGAGGAGCAGGGUGGAAAGCAUGAGUUUAUUGGAGUCUUUAGAAGGAGUAGCCACCUUUGUCCACUCCCCUUACCUUACACCGCCACGUGACUGGACUUAAAUUCAGCAGAAAACAGAAGGUUUACCAUCUGCAGAAAGAAGUUGGGGCUAUGGACUGGCGGAUACCAGACACAGGUAAUAAUACUAUAUUAAAAUGCAAAAAACAAAAUGGGCAGAUCCAUAGCAUUAUACAUCUGUGUGGCAGAGAUUAACAAUUGUCCCUGAUACUAUUCUCUGACUUUUUCUUAGAAUCCCCAACAUUUAGCUGGACAUAUGACUGCUCAAAAAACAUCUCAAAAAAGAAGACGAAGAAGAAGAAAAUACAUCUCCCAGCCCAGCCUCCCUUGUAAGUGUGGCCACAUGAUUAAGUUCUAGAUGGCGGGAUGAGCUAUUUCCAGUGCCUUUGAAGAGGCCAUGUCUUCUUCCUUCCCUUUCUCCUUCUUAUAGCUGGAAAUGGGCAUGAUGACUAGAGAUCAAACAGGGCUCUUGGACCAUAAAGAUGAGGGAUGAUUUGCUGAGCAUUACAAAGCUACAAAAUAGAGCCUGAGUUCUUGACACAAACUUUUUCAGUGUUCCAUCUCUGACAACCUACGUCUGGACUUCUUUCAGAUGAUAAAGAAAAUAUCUUGUUUAAGUUAUUUUUAUUUUAGGUCUCCUGUUACAUGCAGCUGAAUGUAAUCCUAAAUAGUUGUUUAGAAAUAUAAAGAGAAAUAGCAAAAGGGACAGACUCAAAAUAGGCUCAAGAUGAAAAGCUGAAUAGAUCAAUCCUCAUAGGGGAAAAAACAAGUGGUAGGUGUGCCAUUUUUUAAGUUAUUAUCUUGUUUCAAACACUCUUGUCCUAUGUGAUGAUGAGGCUGGAGCUCUGCAGACUACAUUUCUUACAUGGGAUUAGAAGUAGGGAAAGGUAUGGAGAAGAGUGUUCCUCAAAGAGGAAAGAGCAUGUGCAAAAGGCUGGAAAAAAAAGGAAUUUGGUUUAUUCAGGUAAAAAAUACAUUAGGUCUAAAAAAAAUUAAGUGUACAAUGCAUUGCUUUUUAAUUCCUUCACAAAAUUGUGCAGCCAUCACCACUACUGAAUUCCAGAACAUUUUCAUCAUCCCAAAAAGAAACCCCCACAACCAUUAGCAGUCACUCCCCAUUUCCCCUUCUCAUCUCAUCAGCUGUACCAACCACUAACCUACUUUCUAUCUCUAUGGCUUUACCUAUUCUGGACAUUAUUUCACAUAAAUAGAAUCAUACAAUAUGUGGCUUUUUAUACCUAGUUUCUUUCACUUAGCAUAAUGGCUUUAAGCUUCGUCUAGGUUGUGCCAUGCAUCAGUAUUUCAUUGCUUUUUCUAAAAGGCCAAAUAUUCAAUUGUAUGGAUAUAUCACAUUUUAUUUAUCCAUUCUUCAGUUGAUCAACAUUUGGGAUGGUUCUACUGGACUAUUAUGAAUAAUGAUGCUAUGAGUAUUUGUGUACAACAUUUUGUGUGGAUGUAUGUUUUCAUUUCUCUUGGGUAUAUACUUAGGAUGGAAUUGUUUGGCCACAUGGCAACUCUAUGCUUAACUUUUUGAAGAAGGACACAAAUGUUUUUUAGAAUGGAUGCACAAGUUUUACAUUCCCACUAGCAAAUUUCUCUACAUCCUCAUCAACACUUAUUGUUGGCUUCUUUGAUUAUAGCCAUCCUAGUGAGUAUGAAGCAUUAUCUCGUUUUGGUUUUUAUUUGCAUUUCCCUGAUGAGUAAUAAUGUUGCAAAUCUUAUUGGCUGUUUGCAUAUAUUCCUUGGAGAUAUGUCUAUUCAAAUAUUUUGCCUAUUUUUGAACUGUGUGACCUUUUAUUAUUGAGUCAUAACACUUCUUUACAUAUUCUGCAUACAGGGCAUAAUUCCCUUAUCAGAUAUAUGGUUUGUAAAUAUUUUAUGUCUGUAGUUUGUCUUUUCAUAUUUUUAAUGCUGUCUUUUGGUGUGUGUGUGUGUGUGUGUGUGUGUGUGUGUGUGUGUGUGUGUGUUUAAGUAGGCUUCAAGCCCAGUGCAGAGCCCAAUGUGGGGCUUGAACUCACAACCCUGAAAUCAAGAUCUGAGCUGAGAUCAAGAGUCAAAAGCUUAACUGACUAAGCCACUCUGGCACCUCUUGAUGCUGUCCUUUGAUGCAAAACCAGUUUUUGAAAUUGUACGAAGUCCCAUUUAUCUACUUUUGUCUUUUAUCCCCUGUGCUUUUGUUAUCAUAUCAAAGUAACCACCUAAUCAAAGUUCAUAAAUAUUUACUCCUGGGGCACAUGGGUGGCUCAAUCCAUUAAGCAACCAAUUUUGGUUCAGGUCAUGAUGUCACUGUUUGUUGGUUCAAGCCCUGCACUGGUUUGUUAGUUUGAGCCCUGCCUUGGUUUGUUAGUUCAAGCCCCACAUUGGGUCAUCUGCUGUCAGCACAGAGCCUGCUUCAGAUCCUCUGUUUUCCUCUCUCUGCCCCUCCCCAGCUCAUGCUUGUGCACUCUCACUCUCAAAAAUAAACAUUAAAAAAAAAGAAAAUAUUUACUCCUAUGCUUUCUUCCAAAAGUAUUACAGUUUUAGUUCUGACAUUUAGGUAUAUGAUCCAUUUUGAGUUAAUUUUUAUAUGUGGUGUGAAGUAGGGAUUCAACCCCAUUCUUUUGCAUGUGGAAAACCAGUUGUCUUAGCAACAUUUCCUGAAAAUAUUAUUCUUCCCCUUUGAAUUGUUUUGGCACCUUUUUUCAAAAAUCAAUUGCCCACUUUCUGGAUUCUCAUUUCAACUCCAGUGAUCUGUCUAUCCUUAUGACAGUAUCAUACAGCCUUGAUUGUCACUGUAGCUUUGUGGUAAGUUUUGAAAUUGAGAAGUGUGAGUCCUCCAAUUUUGUUCUCUUCUAAAAUUGUCUUGGCUAUUUUGGGUUCCUUAGCAUUUCCAUUUCUGCAGAAAAGGAAGCUGAGAUUUUUGUAAGAAUUAUUAUAUCUUAGAUCAGUUUAUGACUAUUGCCAUCUUACAACCCGUGAAUAUGAAAUGUCUUUCCACUUUUUUAGGUCUUCUUUAAUUUCUUUCAAUGGUAUUUUAGUAGUUUUCAGUGUGCAAGCUUCACACUUCUUUGGUUAACUUUAUCCAUAAAUAUUUCAUUCUUCUUAGUGCUAUUGUAAAUGAAAUUUUCUUAAUUUCAUUUUCAAAUUAUUCACUAUUAGCGCAUAGAGAUACAAUUGUUUUUUAUAUAUUGAUCUUGUAUCCUACAACCUUCCUGAACUCAUUUAUUAGUUCUAAUACUUUUUUCAGUAGAUUCCUUAGGAUUUUUCUUGACACAUACCAUGUUCAUAUCAUUUACAGAUAGAGAAUUUUACUUCUUCCUUUCUGAGGAAGACUUGCCUAUUUGCCUUGGAUAGAAUCUCCAGUGCAUUAUUGAAUAGAAAUGCCAAGAUUGGACAUUCUUUUCUUGUUUGUGAUCUUACAGGGAAAUUUUUAGUCUUUUUAUCAGUAAGUACAAUGUUAACUCUGGGUUUUCAUAGAUGCCCUUUAUCAGAUUGAGGAAUUUUCCUUUUUUUUCAGCUUUAUUGAGGUAUAGUUGACCAAAAAAAAAAUUGUAUGUGUUUAGGGUGUACAAAGUAAUUAAUAUAUGUAUACAUUGUGGGCACCUGGGUGGCUCAAUCAGUUAAGCUUCCAACUUCAGCUCAGGUCACGAUCUCACGAUUUGUGAGUUCAAGCCCCAUGUCAGGCUCUGUGUUGACAGCUCAGAGCCUGGAGCCUGCUUUGGAUUCUGUGUCUCCUUCUCUCUCUGUCCCUCCCCUGCUUGUGCUCUGUCUCUCUCUGUCUCUCAAUGAUAAAUAAACGUUAAAAAACUUAAAAAAUGUAUAUGUAUAUGUUGAGAAAUGAUUACCACAAUCAAGUUAAUUAAUACAUCCAUCACAUCGCAUAAUUAGCGUGUGUGUGUGUGUGUGUGUGUGUCUAGUGAGAAUACUUAAUAUCUACUCUCUUGGCAAAUUUCAAGUAUUUGAAAUAGUAAUAUUAACUAUAGUCAUCAUGAUGCAUAGCAGAUCCCCAGAAUUUAUUCAUCUUAUGCCUGAAAGUUUGUAUCUUUUGACCAACAUCUCCUGCAUCCACUAUCCCUCAUUCCCUGGCAACUACGAUUUCUACUCUGUGGUUCUAGGAGUUCAACUUUUUUAGAUUCCCCAUAUAAGUCAGAACAUAUAAUAUGUGUCUUUCUGUGUCUGGCUUAUUUCACUUAGUGUAAUGUCCUCCAAGUUCAUCCAUGUUGCUGCAAAUAGCAGGAUUUUCUUCUUUUAUAUGACUGAAUAAUAUUCCAGGAAUUUCCUUCUAUCCCAAGUUUAUUGAGUGUUUCUCUCAUGAAAGGGUGUUGGAUUUUAUCAAAUGCCUUUCCCGCAUCUAUUGAGAUUAUCAAGUAUUUUUUGUCUUUUAUUGUAUUAAUUUGGUGUAUUACAUUGAUUUUUCAUAUGUUGAACCAUAUUUUUUGUAUUCCUGGGAUAAAUCUCAUUUGGUCACAGUGUACAAUCCUUUCAUAUGCUGCUGUAUUUGGUUUUCUAGUAUUUUUUUGAGAGUUUUGCAUCUGUAUUCAUAAAGUAUAUUGGUCUGUAGUCUUCUUCACCUGUGAGGUCAUUGUCUGGUUUUGGUAUUUGGCUAACACUGGCCUCACAGAAUAAGUUGGGAAGUGGCCCUCUUCUGUGUUUGCUAAGAGUUUGCAAAGGAUUGAUGGUAAUUUUGUAAACACUGGUAGAAGUUACCAGUGAAGCCAUCUGUGCCUGAGUUUUUCUUUGUGCAAAGUGUUGUUGUUGUUGUUGUUGUUGUUGUUUUUAAGUUUUAUUUAUUUAAGUAAUUUCUGUCCCCAUGGGGGUUUGAACUCAUGACCCAGAGAUUGAGUCUCAUGCCUUUCCAACUGAGACAACCAGGCACCCCUCUUUGUGCUAGGUUUUCAAUUACUAAUUCAAUCUCUUGCUAUAAAUUUAUUCAGUUAUUUCUUCUUCUAUCCUAUUUUUUUAAAUAUUUUGUUUUAAAAAGAAUUUUUUUAAAUUUUAUUUUUAAAUAAUCUCUACACCCACCAUGGAGGUUGAACCCACAACCCUGAGAUCAAGAGUCACAUGCUCUACCAAAUGGGCCAGCCAGGUACUCCUAUUCUGUUUCUUCUUGAGUCAGUUAUUUGUGAAAGGAAAUUUGGCAUUAUAAUAAAAUUUUUAAAUAAGCAUAUCUUUUGAUUUAGCUGUUCCAAUCCCAGGAAUUUAUUUCCAUUAUAUAUUGCUAUAUAAUAAAUCACCCCAAAAUUUAGUGACAUGAAAUAACAACUUUUAUUAUGUUCACAGAUUCUGUGGUUCAGGAAUUAGGGCACAGUAGAGACCAAUUGCCUCUACCUCAUGUCUAGGAUUCCUAAUCCAGGAAAAUUCAAACAGUUGGGAGAGGGAAGUAACUCAAAUGACAGAGGUCUGGAAACAUUUGGAAGAUGGUCUCAGAUGACUUGGAUACUGGGGCUGUUGACUGGAGCACCUACAUGUGUCUGGCCCUUCUCAGUGACUUUGUCUUCUCAUAGCAUGGUAGCUGGAUUCCAAAAGGUAGUCUCUCAAGAGGGAGCUGCUGAGAGCAAGUGUUUGAUGAAAACAAGAUGGAAGCUGCAUGACCUUUUAUUGACCUCGUGUGACUUCUGCUGUUGUCUAUUAUUUGAAGCAGUUAUCAGUUCCAAAGAACAUGUGGAGUUGGAGAUAUUGUGGAAGACAUUUUUAGAAAAAAUCUGCCACACCUAUCUUAUAGAAAACUUGUAUUUGAUAAGUAAAAAAAAGCAACAGGCACAAUCUUAUUUGUAAAGUUUUAAAAUGUGUACAUAUAUACAGAAACAAAUGCAUACAGAGAGAACUGGAAGGAAAUGGGAUAUCUAUACCAGUUAUCUCAGGGAUGGGGGUGAGGAAGAUAUGUAAAGCUGGG